AGUUACGGAUGCAAGGACUGAUGAUGUCAAAAUUAUAGAUUCAACAAUGUUUUUCGGCUACAAACAUUGGAAUAAAACAAGCUUAUAUUUGGGGUUCUAAAGGGGUACGACAGUUGAACUAAACUCAUGAGGCAUUCAUGAAUUAUAUUAUUCAAGAAUCAAUGGGUAUAUGUCAUGCCUUAAUAAAUCCAAAAAUCUAUUUAGCAACUAAGGAUUCUAGCUAUAAAUGGGUAAUCCCGAGCUGGUCCCUCCCUCUCUUUCUUUCUCUCCCCGGCGACGCUCGCUCCAGACACUGCUGUAUCCCUCUCGUUUUUCCAGCCACGGAAAUCGGUGAACCGAUCGGGUGCGCUCUGAUUUUUCAGUUGUCUGGGGAUAGGUCGCGUUUAUCUGUACGUUUACCGCGGAUGUACGUGAACCCGGAACCAACUCACAAUUUAGACAAAACAAGAAACCUCGCUAAGUGAAUCUAUUGGGUCUGCUGCUGUGCGUUCGAACCGAGCAGACCCUUCUUCUGUGCGAUCAUUUCCUCCUAUUUGUAGAGGAAGGGUGUUAUGGGGUGUUAGUUUUCGAAGUGAAAUCUCAGAAGUUGGUUUACUUUCGGGACUCGUAACGUGUUGCUCUAGUUUACCAUGUACUUAAUGUAGAGUUACUGAAAUCUAAAAAAAAUCUGUAAAGUGCCGCGAUCAAGCCCAUCACUGUGUAAUGUCACAGUUGUCAAAUUGGAGCCCAGAUGGGGAACAAAACAAAACAAAACCGUAGGCUAUAGCUCGCACUUCUACGGAUCAAUCCAGCACGCACAUUUAUGCCAAAUAACGCAUAGGGGCAAAUCCAUCUCUCACGUAUUUCUCUCUCCAUCUCAACUGCAUAAUAUAGCCAAUAAUUUAGUUUUUUUGUUUUGUUUUUCUAUGUCAAACUGUAGGCUAGGCUACUCACUGAAAGACCUUUUGCAAUACCCAACUCUGACCGAAGCGGAAGAGGACAGUUUUUUUCUGUCUGAGAUACGGGACACUGGAUUUACCCGCUGGUGGAGACAGUGACUGUGUGUUAGUGAGGUGAGCUGAGCAAAGGAAAUGAGCGCUCACUGAGACCAUCUCCUGCCGUCUGACUACCCUCAGCAUCCGGGUAAGGACUGUGCCUCUCUACCACACAGUUUCGUGCAACAGAAGAAGUAGUCAACGGAUCAUGUCCCCACUGUUACGUGGAAACUAAUGCACUUCCGGGUCCAGAAAUUAAUCCACUGACCACACACACUACUUCUACAAUACCCAUGAUUCCUGUCUGCAAAAAAGUAAGGACUUAGGUGUUGAAGCCCUUAGGUGACUUGGACUUCCUUGUUUUACUAUUGAACUAUUUCAGCACCACUAGCCAGUUCUUAGUUGACAACAGUGAUCUUAGAGGGACUGUAGAGGCACUGAGAGACAGCCAUAGAGUAAAGAGAGAAAAACAAAGAACAACGAAAACAAAAUGGCCAACAACACGGCGGACCACCCGGGGAACUCUGUUGCCGAUGGCAACCAAGAAGGGGACUUUGGCAUCACGGUGAUGGAUCUCCGGGACCUGAUGGAACUGAGGAGCGGAGAGGCCGUCACCAAGAUAGCUGACUCCUACGGAGACGUGCAAGGGCUCUGCCGCAGGCUCAAGACAUCACCCAUCGAGGGUCUGUCCGGUAACCCAGUGGAUCUGGAGAAGCGCCACACAGCGUUUGGGAAGAACUUCAUCCCUCCUAAAAAGCCUAAGUCUUUCCUGGCGCUGGUGUGGGAAGCUCUACAGGAUGUUACUCUAAUCAUCCUGGAGAUUGCUGCCGUCAUCUCCCUGGGCCUGUCCUUCUACCACCCUCCCGGGGGAGAUAGCGAACUGUGUGGUGAGACAGCAUCUGGAGUGGAGGAUGAGGGCGAGGCACAGGCGGGCUGGAUCGAGGGCGCCGCCAUCUUGUUCUCUGUUGCCAUCGUUGUCUUGGUGACGGCGUUUAACGACUGGAGCAAGGAGAAGCAGUUCCGCGGGCUGCAGAGCCGCAUCGAACAGGAGCAGAAGUUCACCGUCAUCCGCAAAGGCCAGGUCAUCCAGAUCCCUGUGUCCGAACUAGUGACAGGAGACAUCGCCCAGAUCAAAUACGGUGAUCUGCUGCCAGCUGAUGGUAUCCUGAUCCAGGGCAACGACCUGAAGAUUGACGAAAGCUCUCUGACUGGUGAAUCAGACCAAGUCAGGAAGUCCCUCGAGAAAGACCCCAUGCUGCUGUCCGGCACCCAUGUGAUGGAGGGAUCAGGUAGAAUGGUGGUGUCUGCAGUGGGUCUCAACUCCCAGACUGGAAUCAUCUUCACUCUGCUGGGGGCGGGAGACGGCGACGUGGAAAAGAAGAUCAAGAAAGGUAAAAAACAAGGACCCCCCGAAAAUCGCAACAAAGCUAAGACCCAGGACGGCAUUGCCCUGGAGAUCCAGCCCCUGAAGAGUGAGGUUGAGUCCGAGGAGAAGGAGCCGGAGGUGGAGGUCAAACAGGUGAAGAGGGUUCAGAUCACCAAGAAGGAGAAGUCUGUGCUGCAGGGCAAACUCACCAAACUGGCUGUGCUAAUCGGGAAGGCAGGUCUGAUCAUGUCAGCAGUGACGGUGAUCAUUCUCAUUCUGUACUUCGUGAUUGACACGUUCGGGGUGCAGGGUCGCCCAUGGCUGAAGGAGUGUACCCCCAUCUACAUCCAGUACUUUGUCAAGUUCUUCAUCAUCGGAGUCACUGUGCUGGUGGUGGCUGUGCCUGAGGGGCUGCCUCUAGCCGUCACCAUCUCUCUGGCCUACUCUGUCAAGAAAAUGAUGAAAGACAAUAACCUGGUGCGUCACCUGGAUGCGUGUGAGACAAUGGGGAACGCUACGACCAUCUGCUCCGACAAGACAGGCACCCUCACCAUGAACCGUAUGACCGUGGUGCAGGCCUACUUGGGAGACACACACUACAAGAAAGUACCGGAACCCGACGUCAUCAAACCAUCCACACUGGAAGUCCUGGUCAACAGCAUCGCCAUCAACUCAGCCUAUACUACUAAGAUCCUGUCUCCAGAGAAGGAGGGAGGUCUGCCCCGCCACGUUGGCAACAAGACAGAAUGCUCCCUAUUGGGCUUCGUACUGGAACUGAAGAGGGACUACCAGCCAAUCAGGGACGAGAUUUCUGAGGAGAAGCUGUACAAGGUGUACACCUUCAACUCAUCCCGUAAGAGCAUGAGCACGGUGCUGAAGAACACAGACGGUAGCGGCUUUCGCAUGUACAGCAAGGGAGCCUCUGAGAUCGUCCUACGCAAAUGUUCCCGUAUCCUGGACAUGAACGGGGAGCCACGUAUCUUCAAGCCUAAGGACCGUGAUGAGAUGGUGAAGGUGGUGAUUGAGCCCAUGGCCUGUGACGGUCUAAGGACCAUCUGUGUGGCCUACAGGGACUUCCCUGCCGAGGCAGGAGAACCAAACUGGGACAACGAGGUCGAUAUCCUCAACGAGCUCACCUGCAUCUGUGUGGUCGGCAUUGAGGACCCCGUCAGACCUGAGGUACCUGAUGCUAUCCUCAAGUGCCAGAAGGCUGGCAUCACCGUGCGCAUGGUUACCGGGGACAACAUCAACACCGCCCGUGCCAUAGCAACCAAGUGUGGCAUCCUGUUGCCGGGCGAGGACUUCCUGUGUCUGGAGGGCAAAGAGUUCAACCAGCUGAUCCGUAAUGACCAGGGAGAGGUGGAGCAAGAGCGUCUGGAUAAGGUGUGGCCCAAGCUGCGUGUGCUGGCUCGUUCCUCUCCCACUGACAAACACACUCUGGUCAAAGGUGGGUUAAAGCUGUCACAUAUCUCUCCUUUUCUUGUUUUCCCUCCCUUUUCCUUCAAGAAGUGUGUCAUCUCUUUCUUGUGUGAUCGACACACACACACAUUGGACCCAGGGGGUAUCGCCGGUACGGACGUGGCUAAGGAAGCGUCAGAUAUCAUUCUGACUGACGAUAACUUCACUAGCAUCGUCAAGGCUGUCAUGUGGGGCCGCAAUGUCUAUGACAGCAUCUCCAAGUUCCUCCAGUUCCAGCUCACUGUCAACGUGGUGGCCGUCAUCGUGGCCUUCACUGGCGCAUGCAUCACACAGGACUCUCCUCUGAAAGCGGUGCAGAUGUUAUGGGUUAACCUGAUCAUGGACACCCUGGCUUCCCUGGCCCUAGCAACCGAGCCCCCCACUGAGUCCCUGUUGCUGAGGAAGCCAUACGGCCGCAACAAGCCCCUAAUCUCCCGCACCAUGAUGAAGAACAUCCUGGGUCAUGCCGUCUACCAGCUCACAAUCAUCUUCACCCUGCUGUUCGCUGGAGAGAACUUCUUUAACAUCGACAGUGGGCGCAACGCGCCCCUCCACUCGCCGCCCUCGGAGCACUACACCAUCGUGUUCAACGUGUUUGUCAUGAUGCAGCUGUUCAACGAGAUCAAUGCCAGGAAGAUCCACGGCGAGAGGAACGUUUUUGAGGCCAUCUACCUUAACCCCAUCUUCUGUAGUGUGGUCCUGGGAACCUUCGUCCUGCAGAUUGUCAUUGUCCAGGUUGGAGGGAAGCCCUUCUCCUGCACCGCUCUGACCAUCGACCAGUGGCUCUGGUGUGUGUUCAUCGGAGUGGGCGAGCUGCUUUGGGGACAGCUUAUCUCAGCCAUCCCCACCCACCACCUGAAGUUCCUAAAGGAGGCUGGCCACGGCACCCAUAAGGAGGAUGUCCCCGAAAACGAGAUGAACGAGGGGGACGAUGAGAUCGACCACGCUGAGAUGGAGCUCCGUAGAGGUCAGGUCCUCUGGUUCAGGGGCCUCAACCGCAUCCAGACUCAGAUUAAGGUGGUAAAUGCGUUCCGUAGCUCUCUUUACCCGGGGCUAGAGAACCGAGAAUCAAAAAAUUCCAUCCAUAACUUCAUGGCCCACCCUGAGUUUGUUCCCCUGUCUGAGGAAGAGGCGCGGAUCCCUGACAUCGAUGAGAGCAGCAGUGAUGAGGUGGAGCUCCAGCAUAUGCCCAGCUCCUUCUCUGGGGGGGCAGAAGCUCCAGACAUCAGCCAGGAGGCCUCCUGCUGAUCACCUCCUCUCUUCUCCUCUCUUCCGUUCUGCUCUGUCCAUCCCCCCUGUCGGCCGGCUGGUUACCCUCCUGCACUUCCUCUCUUCCACCACCAGGAGGACAAGCGGUACGCCACUCAUCUCACAGAGGGUAGACCCAGAGCAGGCAAGGGGUCCCAGUGUCUCCCCCUCUUCACCUUACCCUCUUCACCUACUCCUCUUCCUCCGCCUCCUGUUCCCUCCACUUCCUGAAUCCUACACCUACCUCUCACCUGCCCCACCCACACACCCCACCUUGCCAUUCCCAUGGGCUGGCACUGACUGUGGUGUGUAUACCCUUUAAGUAUGUGCAGCAGAGUGACAUAUAGACCAUCAAAUCACAUCGCGCCCCAAACUCAUGGGUGGGAGGGGCCAUGUGGGGUCCACCAGUCUGCUCUGUCGAAGGCUGUAGCCUGUCCUGCUGUCCAUGUUUGGAGUUUUAAUAUCUUUUUUUUUUGUCCUGUAACAUUUCAUUGUUUUAUUUUAACCUCAGAUAGCUCAGAACUGAAACACAACAUGUUUAUCCUCUUGUACGUGCUAAUUACACCCUGCAUACACUAACUGACACAGAACUUUUAGAGUAUAUCUAUGUGUACAUACAGUAUAUAUGCUUUAUAGGCUCUUCAGCACAGCUCCAAGCUGAUUUGAUGAUCAGAUGGACAUGGGCCAUGUGAUUUAACAGCUUUCAGCUACUAAGUUUUUGCCACUCCAUUUCUCAAUCUGUGUUUUAACUGUACAGUGUGUAUGCAUUGGAUCUGUUUUGAAGCAAGAUGUACUAAUGGGUUAUGCAGUUCAAUCCAGGAACCCAUGUCUUCAUUCAUUCUGAUAAACUACAUAUUUUCAAGGAUGAAGGUUCAACCGUCUAAACAUCUCUCACUUUAGUUUGGUUCUUCUGGGUCCAUUUGACAUGAUUUUAUUAUGAUUUCUCCUGUUUUUAUGGAAGGAAAGUACAAAGGAUGCUAGUCUAUAUUAACAGAAAAGAGAACUAUCUUAAAACAACACAUUCAAAGAAAAGCUAGCAGCAGGCUAGAGCCAGAGGGAACCCCCUCUCUGUGGAGUGGGAUCAUAGCAAGACCAUGUGGAAAAAAAGGGAGGGGGAUCUCCCUCAUCGGAUAACAUCAUCCCAUCCAAUCAGGGUUCUGGUUUUCCCUAGCCCGUUGAGAGGAAGUUGACAGCUUACGAUACUGCCUCAAUAUGGAGUAAGAAUAAGAACGUCCGUUUCUCCCUCUCUCGUAUGCGUAAUGUGUUUGAUCCAUGUUUCAGCCGUGUUAAACAUAAUGGGAAUUUAGAGAUUGUUUUGGGAGUCGUUAUUUGUCGGGGUUAGAACCUACCUUUUCCUGUGUUUAAGACAGAAAUGGGUAGUUGUUUUUUCUUUAGUCUGUCACUCCUUUUUUCCACACAUAAAAAAACAGAACACGAACACAUGCUGAUCUGUACCUUAACAAGGCAAAUGUACAACUCUUUUUUCACUGUUGACGAAAGGGCGUUGGGCUUGUUCCUGUUAGCUACAGCUUGACCGUGUGUGUCAUUAUCAAGUGUCACUGUGUCUGCUUCAGAGUGACAAAGGACUAUCGAUCUCUCCCACAAUGCCUCUGGGAGAUGCAACCAUUAGAGGCUGGCCUGCUAGCAUAAGGACACAACACAUCCCCACAUGUCCUCUAGGGUCAACCCACCUACCAACCAACCCACCAACCACAGAUAAUGGCCUAACAACAAGAGGAAUACUCUAACAACAAGAGGAAUACUCUAAGAAGAAGAGGAAUACUCUAAGAAGAAGAGGACGAUACAACCAGAGAUGUUGAGACAACCUGAGAGCUCCUGUAUUGUGUGGUGUAUGUCGUUGUUUUAAAUGAUGGUACAGAGAGUUUCAACUUGGGCUGACUCCCACUCCGACCACCAACUCUGUGACAGAGAGUGUGAAGCCCUCAACAGGAUAUGUGCUAUCGAUGUACUACUGCCAUAUUUUCAACCUUAUUUUCAUAUCUAGGUUACUUACUACGAUAGAACCCUCUGAUGAUACACCUUUUCUACUUACUCAGAGACAUAUUUUAUAGGUUGUUGUUGUUGUUUCGUACCCCAUCGUUAUUGAGGUUUCAUUUCUAUUCCACUCUGACCCCAAAAUUGAUGGAUGCAAAACAACGUGUCACUGCCAAUAUAUGUGUCAUGGACUACAACGAUGUUUACAGAACAUAGUCUGCCUGCUGCCGUAAGCCUGCUGCCGUAAGCCUGCUGCCGUAAGCCUGCUGCCGUAAGCCUGCUGCCGUAAGCCUGCUGCCGUAAGCCUGCUCGCGCUGCGCCUCCCUCUUCUGGCUGGUCUCCUUGCUUAGUACAUCAUUAUUGGGAAGCUUUCUUGCAUGAUUUUCAUAUAAACUAAAUGUUUUGUUCAUUUUUUACAAUUCUUCUGUAUUUUUAUAUUUAGUAUUUUUUAAUAUUUUGGAAUAUAUAUGUAUAGGCUGAAGUGUUUUGGUGACAGUACAGUCCAUGAAGGAGAUGAAUCAACAGCAGAAUAUGUUUCUAUAUACAGUAUAUUUAUGCCACAUUUGUAACCCAUGGUUGGUUGUCCGAUGCUGGGGCUAAGGAAGCUAAAAAUAAACUGUUUACUCACUGUAGGCCAUGCGAUUGGACAUACUCUUUCAGCAAUCUAGCCUUACCACCUCUUUCCCUUCACUAUAUACAGUCUUAAAGAGACAGUAGCUUAAAUUCUGCUAUUUCUCUCAGUAACUUAAAUCAAAUGAGGUCCCAAUGAAAGCGAGUCAAAUAGAACAUGGUAGUAAACAGAACAUUGAAGUAAUGUUAAAUUAAUUUGGAGUAUAUAUGAUUUUUAAUCUCUAUAUAAAUAUAUUUAUUACAUGGGGUCUGUUCUUUCAGACUAAUAUGACUGGGAGUUUAAUUUAUUUUUUGAGAGGAUCGGUGCACUUAGACAACUGGGUAGUGACUUUAGUCGACUUGUCGAAAAUAGGGCAUAAAUGUCGAUUUCAUCCAAAUCAAGCGUUAACCUUUUUUAUUCUAAUGACUUAGGAAACUGUUUAGAGUAGAACUGUUAAACCGGUAGUGACAUCACUUCCUCUUCCUGUUUGUGUCCGUAAACAGAAACAAGAUGCUUUUGCUGUUGUGUCCGUUACAUGCUGACCAAACCGGCUCUACACGUGCGUCAUCGUGCGCAUAUUGAUUUUGUCUAUCCCUACCAGACAUGUUCAUGACACUUAGGUUAAAAUACCAAAACCAACUUUUAAUUAGCUAUAUUAAUUUGGGGAAAGGUCGAAACACAGAUGAAACAUUUGCUGUUGCUAGCUAAUUUGUCUAGGAGAUAAACAUUGGGUUGCUGUUUAGUUAUUUUUUUAAAUUGAUCUCUCCUUGUUCAUCUUUCUUCUGUGGAUUUUAUAUGGCUGUGUGGACCUUGUUCAUCUUUCAGUCACUCACGUGGGUAUAUGCUUGUAAAAACCAAUGAGUAGAUGGUAAGGCGGAACUUACAGUGCAUUAAGCGUCUAAAAUAGAAGCAAGUUCUAUUUUAGUGCCUGGCUAUGCAGACGCCCGUUGAUGCGCAUAAGCAGUUUGGAUUAAAUGAUUGAAUAACAUGUAUGUGGACAUUUACUUUCCAACACUCGCGCACACAAGUGGACAGUUUGGUCAGCAUGUUAGACAGACAGACUCAUUUUCGGGACACAUUUUGGGGACUCGUUUUCAAUGGUAAAUCUUUAUUUUCUUCUGAGAUAAUCUAUUUGGAAGACUGCACUUCUACAUUGAAUAUACUGUGUAAAUAUUGCCAUGGGAUGAUUUUGAACUUUGAACUCUAGGUAAUGAAAAGGGGACAGUCAGUCAGUGAUCACCUAGCAUAGCUUUAAGAAUGUUCUGCCAAAGUCUUGUUUUGUACAAUUGUUGUUGUUUUUUAAUACUUUUUCUUUUUGACCAGAUUGUUUUAAACUAUUAUUGUCAGGUGAAUGUAUUUCCAUACUUUCCAUCUCCCCAAAAUAGCAAAUGUUGUUGCAUGUAAAUGUGGACAGAGAAUGCAAAGAACUUGAAGCGUCGCUAAGAUUGUCCUUCUUCUAUUGCCAUGGUUGUGCUGUUUUGAUCUCUUAUUGAACUGGUUGCCCUUCCAUUCUACAGGUGAACAGAUACUCCAUCCGCUAGAAACACCCCAAUCUUUUUGUUUGUUUGCUGUUUUGUUAUUAACCUUGGCACAACUGUACUACAGAAGCAGACCAACAGGUCUGUAUGUCUGAGGUGGAUGGAGAACUAAAGAACAGCCAGACAGUCCUUACAAAGUUUGGUUUCUCUGUUGGACAAGCCCAUUGCUGCUUCUGACCAAUCUGUAAGACCUUUCCUCUUAUUGCACAUGUCUCAGUUAUGACUCAUGUAUGACAAAAUGAACAUGCUAAGGCAUUGUGCAAUAACUGUUGACUGUAAAGGACUGCAUUGCUUCUCCAAAGCGUUGUCUUUCUUAGAUAGCUUUCUUUUCUUUGGGUUUGGGGGAUUUCUUCUGGGGCAGCUUCUCCACAGUUGUAAAUAAAUAAAAAAUGGAAAACUGGAAUAUCACA